CAAUAUGUACAGUUCAUGACAAAACGCAGUAGCUACUGGAUAUUUUUGCCAGAAAAGAAGUGGAAGAAGAAGAAGAAUCAAAUCUAUUGUAUGAGCACCUGCAAAACUUAACCAAUAACUGUUAUCAACAGACGUGACCCAAUAACACUCCAGACAUCAGCAGUCCACACACAGAAUGGCCUUCAGCAUGGUAUGUUUGCACAAUGGGUAUGAACAAAUAUAAAUACACCAAAUCUCUCAGUAAUAAGAUACACUGCGAAAAGACAGAGCUUCAAGAGCAGGUUAAUCAUGGCAUCGCACACCUUAUUCUGCUGUUCCGUCUUACUACUGUUUCUGUUCACUGCCUCUUCAUUUCCGACCAUUGAUACAAUCAGGGAUCUGAGAGACAUAUGGUACGGCAGCAUCUUCCCACGACAUGGUCUCCAUCUGCUUUACUGGUUUGUUGACCAAUCAGAGAUUGACAACAGCCAUGACAUCAUCCAAACCCAUUUCGAUCCAGCCAGAGGUGACUAUGGCUUUGGUUUCUUCGAUAAUAACGACAGUUUCCUCCCAGCUCUGACCGAUCCAAAGAGGCAAGCUUACUAUGCAGUGGGGGAUAUCAGUAAGGCUAACUCUUGGGCCUUGCCUGAGUAUAUCACUCAAAGCUACUACAACUCACUGAAGUCGGGUAACAGAAACAGGGACAGGAUGAUUGUCAGGGUUGCCCGGGCCAAUGGGUCAAAUCAGUUCAGGUUGGACGAGGUCUUUGUCACUCAAAUGUUUCCUCUCAAUGACAACCAAGAGAAUUCCUUCGAUCCAAAUCACACGAAUAGUAUUGGCUUCGACCUCUUACGAGAAAUUCAGACGUUACAGAUGGUCAGAGGAAGGAACAACACAUUGGCCAGUUUGGAGGCAUUUCUGACGCAAUCAGGAUAUCAAACGUGCCCGACACCCGAAUUUCAAGUCUGUUCCGCAAAGUCGGUCCGAUUCCAAAGGCUUCAGAUGGUGGAAAUCAAGACAGAGGAUGAUUGCCACCUGCUGAAACUUGACGUCAAACCAGCCGAGAACGGCUACCUGAAAAUGAGUUGGAGCAACCUACCAAAGUCCAUCAUGGACCGUUACAUGGUAGUGGGGCUUUUCAAGGACGAUGCUAGUACGACCAAACUAGCUGAGUCCUCCGUCGACAACAACACAUCUGGAACCUCAGACGUUUCCGUGGCCCUGAACCCCGGUCUUCAGGUCAGGCUACUUAAACGGAAAUCUCUCUGGGACAUGACCGACAGGGAAGUCUGGAGAGGUGCCGAAUUUGACGAUGCGGACGGUUUGAUUCCCAUUGUCGUGAAAGGCUACGAUGCCAGUCUGCAACUCUACACUAAAAAUGGCUACGCCUGCGCUCGCCUGUUCGUGAAGAAGUCCUUCGCUGAAUGGAAGGAGGUGUUUAAUUACUCGUGGGUAGGGUUCUACACGGCAAACAGCGUCAACAACAUGGAGUACCAAACCUUCCAAUGGGCAGCGUCUUUCACUAAAGAGAUUUCCUCAGAGGAGAUACCUGAGUAUGACGUCUAUUUUUAUGAGUCCAGUAUGGCCAUUUCUCCAGGUGCCCAGGCCCGAUUCAUGCUGUCAAAAUACAACGAAGUAGCACGUACUGUAGCCUGGAAAAGUCAACCCUAAAAACCAAAGCCAUCUAUGAAAUGUAGAUCAACUUUUACUUCCUGUCAUGAUGAUGUUGGGGUCUUUGAGGCAUAUCUUAUAUCAUAAUGUAUUUAACCUUUGAAUCAUUGUUGUUUCUGUAACUUGAUCAGACACAUGACUGAAUUAACUUUUUCAAGGAACCAUUUAUGGGGGUCUUGGGGGUGAGUUUGACCACAAAAUCACUUAUUUUACUACAUUUCUUUGGCACCCUUGUUCCAUGAAUAAUUCUGUUAACUCUGACUUAAUUCACAAAAUGAAACCUAAUAGUAAUCAACUGUACUAAGUAAGCUAUACAACCCCUCACUUUCGGUUAAUUGAAAAUGAAAUCAUCUUCACAAUAUAGAUAUUUUUAAAACAAGCCAUAGAAAGCUGGUUGCAAUAACAGUUUCAUCCACCAGAAAAGACAGAACAAAUAUUAUGUUUAAACUCAAAGUUACUAAUCAAUAAAAAAGACAUUAUUCAUGGUAAAAAAAUUUUAACUAUAUAAUCUUUCUAAAUUAUAUUAUAAACAGGAUUGGUGGAGUUCUGUCACACAAAAAUAUAUGGAAAUGUCGUCCCUAUCCAAAAUUACAACCAACUGAUUGCAGCAUUACAAAUAGAGGAGGCAAGUGGAAGCUGUAGGAGGCAUGGACCUUGUCUGUCGACCCUUCAUUAAAAACCAAAAUAGUUUAAAAAAAAAUUGUGAUCGAUUAAAAAAAAAAAUCCAGUUCUGUUUAAGGGCCAACAAAUUGACAGCUGCGCCACACAGGUUGCAAAAUGGUUGGGAAGAGAUUUUUGAUGUGCCGAUUCCAUGGCACAUGUUUUAACCAGAAACAAGCUACGGUACCAGAACAAGUGAUCUAUUGAUUCUGUCUCUUUGCAGCAAAAUCUUCAGAGCUGGGACCGUCGUAUCCCCCAUAUACAUAACAUUCUGUUGGUGGAAGAAUUUCGUAUUAUAAUUUCAAUUGAAAAACUAUGUUUUCAAUCAAGAGUUGUUUUGUGUAUCAGUUCUUAAUAUUGGCUGAAAAAUCACAUUUAACGAAAACUAUCUCUGCAAAUACUGUAGCACUGUUGGGUGACUUGGAAAGCCAUAGUCAAUCAAUCAAUAAUAUAAUAACACUCUUAGUAAAAAUAUUCCCCUUACACUCUUUGGAAUUGGCCUAUAUGGAUAGGGCUAAGUGGAAAUGUUUCUUACAGAAGGAAUAUGGAAAGCAUAUGCAUAAACAUGGUAGCAAUUUAAAAGUCAACAGUUUGGAGAUUCUGGGGAAAUUAUUAGACUAAAGGUGAGGACACAACAGUUCACCUGACACAAGACAGAAUCCAAACAUUACACUGAUGAUUUUAUGUGUACUUCACAUUUACUGUACUUUUCGCCGUAUUUGUUGAUAACAAAAUCUGAAAAUACUCUAGAUACAUUCAGUUACGUGAUAAGAAUAUUCAUAGAGAAUUUUGAGUAGGUGCAAAAAAAUGAAAAGGGUUUGAGUGAGAGGUCUAACUGGUGUUUCCAAGUGGCCACACACCUCUCCAAAUUGAGCACAGUUCCUAAGUAAUUUAAAUGUAAUUGUAUGACUAAAAGAAGAGUCUUCAACCAUAAGGUGCUUUUUUUUUGCUCUCCUAGCUGUGCCGGAACUAGAGCAAGCACUUGUAUUCUUUUUUCCUUUUUUUUAACACAGCCCUCCACAUACUUUUAAGUUAUGUACCCAGUAGGUCCCUCAGGUCCUCUGGCACUGGCAUUUUAACUUUCCCAAAGACUAGGACCAAGAGGCAUGGAGAGGCAGCUUUUCGUUAUUAUGCCCCCAGCCUCUGGAAUAGCCUGCCAGAGAACCUGAGGGGGGCUGAAACUGUGGAUAUUUUUAAAAUAGAUCUUAAAACACAUCUUUUUAGCUUUGCUUUUCCUUAAGGUGCUUUUUAGUCAUUCAGUUUGUGUCAUUCUUUAGUUUUUUAUCUUGUGUUUGUUGUGUAGUAAAUAUUUCAGCUUUUAUUUUCAUUGCUUUCAUUCAUGUUUUCCUGUAAAGCACAUUGCGUUGCAUUCCAUGUCUGAAAUGUGCUGUAUAAAUAAAGCUUGAUUGGAUUUGA